AUGUCCGACAGUAUAAGAAAAGGAAGCGAAUUAUCGAAGUCGAGAACUCUAGAACUUCUUAAAGAAGCAAGUGAACUCGAUCUGACCUCCCCGUCUCAAACACUAUCACGAGGGGAACUUCAGCAUCAAUACGAAAUUAAAUUGCGAAUCGUCAAGGAGAAGAUCGCACAUCUCGAAUAUUAUGCUGGGUUACUCGAAACAGCUAAUCAAAAUUGGCUGGAUAAUAUUCAGAGCUUGACAAUAGCAACGAGGAGAAAGGAAGAGGAGACGAAAUACGCCAAUAUGGUUGACGAUCCACAAGGAGAUGCUUUGUUAUCUGUAAGAGGUUAUGAUAUAGCGCCAGAAAACUACGAUGUUAUAAUAGGUUUACUAAAAGAGAAAUAUGGUAAACCUUUCCUUAUAAAGAAAUCACUCUACAACGAGUUGAAUACCAUCAAAAAAAAUGACCGAGAGUGGAAAGCAACCAUAGAAGCCAUGGAGAGAACAUUUCGACAACUGGAAGCUAUAGGUGAAAAUUUAGAGCAUUCAAGCAUCGAAAUUACAAUUGAAAAUAAACUACCAGCGUGGAUAAUUGAUAAAUUAUACCAAUUGAAAGAGGAUUCGACGAGUUGGAAAAAUUUCUAUAAAUGGGAAAAGGAACCAUGCGUAUUUUGCAAUAAGGACCACUGGAACAAUGAAUGUAACAUCUAUCCCACUCUCAAACUCCGGAUGGAACGUUUGAGAGAAAUCACUGCAUGUUUCAAAUGUUUACGAAAAGGACAUGCAACAAGUGAUUGUAAAAAAGGGAAACCUUUGUGUUUCCAUUGUAAAAGUCCACACAAUACAGCACUGUGUCCCAACAACUACAAGGAACUCACGCAAGCAGUGGAUUCCAACAAAGAAAGGUUGGGUUCAGUCACAAUCGCUAACUCCAUUACCGAAAAAGGAAAUCAAUGGAAAAAGCGAACCUUACUGUUAUGUAAGGAAAUAAAUGUAACCAAUCCAAAUCGCCCAAAAAUCCAACAAAAGGCUUUAAUUCUAUUCGAUAUUGGUUCUCAAUUAUCGUUCAUAUCAAAGGAUUUGGCUUAUCGAUUGAAUCUACAAGAAACUAACGAGAUGGAAAUAAAAAUUGCUUCAUUUGGUGAUAAGACGCCAAAAACGUGUAUCACUACUAAACUGAAAUCGGAGUAA